ACAUAGCGUGCGUGUACUAGUUCGUAAUACUACCAAUCGAUCGCGUCUUUCGUAGUUCUUGUCGGCUUUUUUUCUAUGAAAGUGUGUACUCUGCAGCCUGAAUGCCCUGAAUCUGUGAAUGGAAUAACAGCAUUCCAAACUUACGGUAGAACAGAUCGUCGAUGUGUACGUUCAAUUAUUAAAACAAAAUUAGUUGAAGCAUUAACUGCUGUAUAAUGGCAGAUUCUUCCUACGAGAAAGGGCUCAGCGAGCUCUCUAAAAUGAAAGUAGCUGAUUUGAGAAACGAAUUAAAGCAACGAGGAUUACCGUGCACUGGAAAUAAAAACGAACUCGUGGAAAGGCUUCAACUAGCUCUACAUGGAGACUCUGCUUUAUCUUUGGAUGAGACAAAUGAUGAAAUACUCGACGAAGAUGCAGUUCUGGGGGAUGAAGAAAUUGAGGAACUAUCAAGCAAACCGGAUUCUCAAGAAAUUGGUGAGAAACGGAAACUAUCUACUGAAAGCAACACAGGUAGUACCAAGAAAAUUGUGCUGAAUCGCAAUCCAAUCAUUGAGGAAGUUAAAAUUGAUCAAACAAAAGACGAGGAUAAAGAUGAAAAAGCAGCAAGUGAUUCUCAGCCGGAAAAAAAAGUGAUCAAGUUGUCUGAAUUGGGAGUUAAAGAGCGGCUUGAAAUGCGAGCUAAAAAAUUUGGAAUGCCACUCUCUGAAACUGCUAAGAAAGAAGCCAGAUCUGCCAGAUUCAAUUCCAACAAUCAGAACAGCAAAUCGUCAGCAUCUGUGAAAACACCUGUGCACGUAACUUACGAAGUUUUGAAGAAGCGUUCGGAGCGUUUUGGGACAACAGCAUCGAGUAUUUUGGAAAAAGCUGAAAGUGAGGCAAGAAUAGAGAAGCGGAAGGCCAGAUUCGGUGAAGUGAAGCCUCUUGAAAACGUAUUCCAUAAUAGAGUUAAGAUCGUUAAAUGAUACUCAGUGUUAUAUACCGGAAAAGUGAUUUAAAAUACAACAAAAAUAGUCUAAGUUAUUUUUAUUUUUUGUUUUUUUCACUCUUUCGAACGAACAGUGUAUAAGACGAUCUAAUCACAUUAGAAAGCGAGAGAGCAUUUGACAAAUAUGAACACCUCAAAAUAUUCUGUGUUUCUUCAUACUUUGCAAUAAACAAAGGGAGAUUUUUAAUCGUUUCACAUACGACACAGUUAUGAAAUGGAGGAGAAAUGCAAGUAUAAUAAAUCUCUAUAAUAAUGGCAA